AUGUCUCUGGUGCUCUUCAGUUCCUCAACAAUUCACUCAUUCAACCCUAUCAUUCAUUUACCAUCUAUCAUCAUGAAGUUCUUCGGUGUCGUCUCGGCUCUCCUGGCUGUGGCCUCUGCCACGCCUACCACUCCCUCCAAGACCCUCGACAAGCGUGCCACCACCUGGUGCGACUCUUUCGGCUCUGUCCAGACUGGUGGAUACACCGUCUACCACAACAACUGGGGCCGUGGUGAGGCUACCUCUGGAUCGCAGUGCACCACCUUCAACUCUUACAAGAGCGGUUCUUUCUCUUGGUCCACCAAAUGGAGCUGGGCUGGCGGCAACAUCCACGUCAAGUCCUACUCCAACGUUGCCCUCGAGAACAUCAACAAGAAGGUCUCGGCCAUCAAGUCCAUCCCUACAAAGUGGACCUGGCGAUACUCCGGUACCAACAUGGUCUCUGAUGUUUCUUACGAUCUCUGGCUCGCUCCCUCUGUUGGCGCCAACAACAAGUACGAGAUCAUGAUCUGGGUCGGUGUCUACGGCGGCGCUGGACCUAUCUCCGACCACGGAGCUACCCCUCUUGCCACCCUCACCAUCAACGGUGCUCAGUGGAAGCUCUUCCGAGGUCCCAACGGCGACACCACUGUGUACUCUUUCGUCGCUACCAAGAACCAGGGCAACUUCGAGGGCGAUCUUCUUCCUUUCCUUACCUACCUCACCAAGAGCCAGGGCGUUCCCAGCAGCUACGUCGCCACCAGCUUCCAGGCCGGCACUGAGCCUUUCGUUGGUUCUGACUGCACUUUCUCCACCUCUGCCUACAGCCUCUCUGUCAACUAA